AUGGAUAGAGGUACAAGAGACACAAAUUCUGAGCUAAACUUUAAAGUCAAUGAAGAAGAUAUUGCUGCUAUCUCUAAAUUAAAUGAAGAUCAAAAAGUAGCAUUUGAUACUAUCAUAGAUGCUGUUUUUGUACACAGCAAAGGGAGUUUCUUUAUUGAUGGGCCUGGGGGAACAGGGAAAACAUUCUUGUACCGUGCACUACUAGCUGCAGUUAGAUCAAAGGGAUGUAUAGCUUUGGCAACGGCCUCUUGUGGAGUAGCUACUUCUAUCUUACCUGGAGGUAGAACAGCCCACUCACGAUUUAAAAUUCCUUUAGACAUGAAUCCUAACAACAUGUGCAAAGUAAACAAACAAAGCUCAUUGGCAAAGUUAUUACAACAAGCCAAAUUGAUCAUUUGGGAUGAAGCGCCCAUGACACACAGAGCAGGAAUUGAGGGAGUAGAUCGUUUAUUUAGAGACCUAAUGGAUAACUCUGAAUUAUUUGGGUCAAAAGUGAUGGUAUUUGGUGGUGAUUUUAGGCAAGUUCUGUCGGUAGUUGUAAAAGGGUCAAAAUCAGACUUUAUCGAAGCUAGCCUUGUAAAAUCUUAUAUUUGGCCUCAUCUACAGAAAUUAAAAUUGAAGGAAAACAUGAGAGCAAGAUUAGAUCCUGAUUUUAGCAAGUACCUUCUUCGUAUAGGUAAUGGAACAGAAAACACAGUUAAAAAUGAAAGUAUUCACAUCUCUCAAGCAUUGCUUCUUCGCUAUACAAAUGAAGCAGAAUCCAUAAAUCAAUUGAUUACAACUGUCUAUCCAAACUUCAACAUAUUUUCUGAAAAUACAUACUCAUUAAUUAAUAGAGCAAUUUUAACUACAAAAAAUGAUUUUGUAGAUCAGAUCGAUGAAAAAUUGAUACAGAAAUUUCCUGGAACCGCAUUUGACUAUUUAAGCAGAGAUAAAUGUUUAGAUAAUUCGCAGCAAGCAAUUUUAGAGGACUUCAUGAAUAGCCACACUCCAAAUGGUUUUCCUCUGUGA